UUCGAGAUUGGUACAUAAAAAGAACCGAACAAAGAACGCGGGGAUCGAACGAUCCAGAGAUCGGCAGAUGGAGAUGGCCAGUGGAUGGGAGUCCCCUUUGGUUCUGGGGGAUCGUAAGCUCUAGAUUGAGUGGCGAAAGCUCAGAUCGCUGGCGGUGAUAAAUCCCACUGAUAAGCCGCAGAGCGCAGUUCUCAUCCGGCAUUAGAUCUUUGUACAUCAUGUUUCCCGCUCGCUUGGGUUCGCUUCUUUUCGUGGCUGCCGUUGUGGUGCUUCUGGGGAUCACCGUGGCUUCCGUCUCCGCCGGAAAGCCCCGUCAUCCAGCGUCCAAUUGUCCGCCCAUCAAGCUUAAGCGCCAGUGGGGAGGUAAGCCAUCGCUGGGCCUUCACUACCAAGUCCGUCCCAUUCGCUAUGUGGUCAUCCAUCACACGGUCACCGGCGAGUGCAGUGGCCUGCUCAAGUGCGCCGAGAUCCUACAGAACAUGCAGAGCUAUCAUCAAAACGAACUGGACUACAAUGAUAUCAGUUACAACUUCCUGAUUGGCAGCGAUGGCAUUGUUUACGAGGGCACUGGCUGGGGAUUGCGGGGAGCACACACCUACGGCUACAAUGGCAACGGCACGGGAAUAGCCUUUAUCGGCAACUUUGUGGAUAAACUUCCAACGGAUGCGGCUCUGCAGGCGGCCAAGAAUCUUCUGGCCUGCGGGGUGCAACAGGGGGAGCUGAGCGAGGAUUACGCCCUGAUCGCCGGUUCCCAGGUGAUCAGCACCCAGAGUCCCGGACUGACGCUAUAUAACGAGAUCCAGGAGUGGCCGCAUUGGCUCUCGAAUCCUUGAAAAAUUCAUGUGAUUGUAAUCCCGCUAAAAUAUGUGAAACUUCUCGAUAACCGAUUGGCCGAAAGCUAGACAUAACAGUUAUCUUUGUUUUCCCAUCUAUCGACUUGCACUGGAAAACUGUUUGCCUUCGUUUUUGUGAAAAAUAAAGAUUACUUCUUAAAGGACUAAAAA